CCUUGUCGCGCAGCUAUUGGGCGGCUGCGGUGUGCUGCCGCUGCUGCUGCUGCAACCCAAAGAAACGUCCCCUCCCUCAGCCAUUGAAAGGAUGUGUUGCCUCCUCAUAAUAAUGGGGGGCCGCCCCCAGCAAAGCCGCUCUCCCUUCCGUCUGACUGUCAAUGUGAAGCUCUCGCCCGACGACGAAGUCGAACACUCGACAUCCAUCUCCCUUUACGCCAGCGACCAUUCGAUCCGAUUCCCAAUUCCAUAAACCACGAUAACAUAUAUAACAUAUUUGUCCUCGUCACUUGGAACCUCGUUGAUCGAGAGACCCGGACGUCAGCACAUUCUCUCAGCAAUCAUGGUCGGACUACCUCAUAUUUCCCGGAAAUGGAAGCACCCCAAGGUCUGGUGGGGUCUUUUGUUGUUGGAAUUAGCAGGAACAGUAGCAGUCCUAUCGCUCUUCGGAAUCGCAUCUCCAAAUUUAUAUCGGACCGCUUUGUGGCAGGUGGGCGCGGAGAAUGGCUUCAACUCGAGUCCUAAGCAGAUCCUCUACGCAUAUGCCAACCACCGACCCAUCCCAUCAACACCCUUUGUCUGGUCACAGGCGUAAGCUUCAACCCCACACCUGCAUUUUUUUUUGGCUUCAAAUCGCUAACAGAUUUCUAGAUUGACGGAUUUCAACGUCGCGAUAUCAGUCUUAUCCAUGUUCAUCAUGAUUGUCAAGGCCGUCAUGUUCUCCCUGCACGUCUGGUACCCAAUUCUAUCAGCAAUCACCAAUGCAGUCCUCGUCGGAUUGUACGUAGCAAGUGUCUACGGCCAAGCAGGACCCGACAACUCGGAUCCACGAAGACCCUCGAGCACAGCCUGGUACAUCAACAAAAGCUGUGACUUUGCACCAGACAGCAAGCUAAAACACUACUGCCUAAUGGCCAAAGGAACUUUCGCAGUAACAGUUAUCAUGGUGUAAGUCCACCCGUCUCUUCUUAUCUACACACACAUCCCUAACAAAAACAUCAGUGUAAUCUUCCUCGCCAACCUCAUCCUCUCAGUUUGGUCAUGCAUCCCCUCAGCCGCCCAACGAGCCGCCGAUAAGAUGGACGUCGACGAGAUGCAAAUGAAAGACGGCAACGGAUCCGACAACGGCUCCGAAACCAACAUUCGCGUGAACCCAACGUCCGUCCCAUACACCCCACGAACCCUCGCGUUCAACACGCUCGAUCGCCAACUCCCCUUGCGCUCCCAUCAGGACGAGAGUAAAGGCAAAGCACCACGCUUUGCAUAAACCCAUGAUUCACCUUGCUUUAUGAAUUCAUCACGAUUGGAAAGGGUAGGUGAAAGAAAGGAACGAGGCGUGUAGGAUGUUGUUGGUAUAUAUUACUUCUCGGUCUUUUUGGGCUUAAUUUCCUAUCCUUGAUAUAGGGUCUCUGAUAUCUGGGAUCUGGGAUCUGGGAUCUGGGAUCUG